AUGGCAAAUCUCACCAGACAUGAGAGUGUUUCUGCUUCCUGGAUAAUGUCAGUAAGCUCAUCUAUGAUUGGGUCACUGAAUCCCAAUUCCUCAAGCACGGGGAAGAAACAAGUGUUUAGAGAAUUGCGAUAUCCCAUUCCACAAUCUGAGACUGAAUCAACAUACACAUCGAAUCUCCAUUUUGAUCGAUUGCAGCUGUCGGAUGAACAAGUGUUGGAUCAGGAAAAUCGACUUCAGUUUGGUCAGUUCAUGGCACAUGAAGCAGUGCUUGAUGAAGAAUAUUGGACAGCAGCAUGGCUGCGAGCUGAAUCUCACUGGGAAGAUCGCCAGAAUGAUCGAUACAUCAAUAACUAUAAAAGGAAAUAUGCAGAGCAGGAGUUUAAUGCCUUGAAAAGAAGAUGCAAAGCACAAAUUGGGCAGAGAUGCACCUGCAUUGUUGCUGUGCGGGCAGAAGAUAAAAUUAUCAGAUAUACAGUACUUAAGAGUAUCGUUGGGACACUAGAUUUGAUCAUCGGGCACUUGUCACAUGGAGAGGCUUUUCCUGGGGGAAGGGUGAAUUCCCCUGAUUUGAGCAACAUUGAGAGAAGAUCCUCCAAUAGAUAUGGUUAUAUUGCAAAUUUAUGUGUUUCCAAAUCUUCUCGAAGGCAAGGUGUUGCAAGAAACAUGUUGCAUUUUGCUAUUAGAUUGGCGAAAGAAAAUGGUGCAGAAAAGGUGUUCGUGCAUGUACAUACAAACAACGGACCUGCACAAAAGCUUUAUCAAAAGGUUGGCUUUCAGGUGGUCGAAGUGAAAAAUCAUAAACUCGCUGAAGAACAACCUCACUUGCUUUUCCUCAGAGCAUGAAACACAUUGAAUGCAAGUCAGUUUUUUUCUAUUUUUUGGCUCAUGAUAUAUUUGGAGUAUACCCUGCAUAUCUUAUUAGCUCCCAACAUGCCAAUUUUUCACAUGUAUGCAG